AUGAAACUUUACCAUGCCAUCUCGCUGGUGGCGGUGACCGCUCACGCUUCCGAUGCUCGAAAUUUCUCCUUCCAAGGCGAAUUGAAUGGAUGGUAUUCCUGCCCCAAGUACACCUUUGCAAUCAACGGAACCUCUGAUGACCAUGAUGCCGAAUGCGCUGUAUUUGGUGCGCCAUUUUGUUAUCCUGGAAUUUGCACGACCGAAUGUGUCAACCACCAUCGACAUUUUUGUGAAGCGAAUACCUGCUGUAAGAGACCCGAAAACUGCAUCAAAUGUCUGGCUGCUGCAAGACACUACGGGUUCAUUAUCAACUUCACUGGAACCAGCUAUGGUAGAAUUACAUACAAGAUUGGGUGGAGCGGUGAACGUCUAUACCAUGGACCGACGUGGAUCCGGUCGCAGUACAAUGCUGGACUGCGUCGUAGCGCACUUGACCGUGGGUGA